UGCUACAUUUUUAUUUAGUUUGUAACCGUUCUUUAGCGCGGGAACACCGCGCCGAGCCGGCCUUUGCAUCCGACGCUGUUUAUCAAUAGUGUUUUGUUUUUAAAGUCCAACAGAUGAGUGGCAAAGUGUUAAGACUCUUCCUAGCUUCUCGGUGCUCAGGCGCCACCCGGCUUCGGCAUGGGAGGGCGCAGAAUGUUUAAAGCAGCAGCAGUGCUGAUUGCUCUAGGCUACUGCAGCCUCCUGGUAUACCAGGGGGGAGUGCCUUUCAACUUUCAAGAGAAUCGACAAGGAACAGUGCAAGUGCCCGACCUUUCUAUUGAACCUGUGACCAAAACAAGCAUAUUUGACAGUGGACCGCAUAAAAAUGUGACUUUAGAUGAUAUUUUCAUAAGUGUUAAAACAACAAAACAUUACCAAUAUACAAGAUUGCCGAUAAUUCUGAAGACAUGGUUCCAGUUGGCGAAAGAACAAACAUGGUUUUUUACCGACAUAGAAAACCGGCAGCACCAAAACCAAACAAACGGGCACAUGGUGAACACCAACUGCUCGGCGUCGCACCAGCGCAAACACCUCUGCUGCAAGAUGUCUGUGGAGUACGAUCACUUCUUGGAGAGCGGGAAACGGUGGUUUUGCCAUUUCGACGAUGACAACUACGUCAACGUGCCCCGGUUGGUGACUGUGCUCCAAAACUACAAUUACUUGGAAGACUGGUACCUGGGGAGGACUUCAGUGUAUGAGCCCGUGAAGAUCUACAGCAAGCCUCAUAAUAAGAUGACAUUCUCGUUCUGGUUUGCGACGGGCGGCGCUGGCUUUUGUAUAAGCAGAAGUUUGGCGCUGAAAAUGGUGCCUGUUGCAAGCGGCGGCAGAUUCAUCAGUACCUGCGAGACUAUACGGCUGCCUGAUGACGUCACCGUGGGAUUCAUUAUCGAACAUUUGAUGGCCAAAAAGCUAACUCAAGUGCCCGAGUUCCACUCCCACUUGGAGCAGAUGAAGCUGCUACCAUCAGAGAGCUUCAAAGACCAGAUCUCAUUCAGCUACGCCAAGUUGAAGGACGAGUGGAAUGUCCUCAACGUUCCUGGGUUCGACACCCGGUACGAUCCUAGUCGAUUCCUAUCGCUGCAUUGUUUCCUGUUCCCACAAUUUAAGUUCUGUCCAAGAUAGCGGCGGAUCCCGAAGAACUAAUUAAGUAAUCCAUUCUGUACACCGUUGUUUUAAAAUGUAUAGUCCUUUAUUGUUAUUUCACUAUGUAGAAAGUACACUAAUACGGGGUUAUUUUUUAUUUUAUUUUUUUAUUUGUAUAUGAGUCUUCCUUAUUUUUUUUAUUAUUCAAUUAUGUACAUACGUGAAACAUAAUAGGACACAAGUUAUUUUUUGUUUCUUUUUUUUAACUGGAUAAUCAAUGUGUAAACUGUUAUUAUUUUUUUAUUUUACGUUAAAAAUAACCCCGUUUAUCUGGAAAUAACUUUGGUUAUUUAUAAAACAAUUAUUAUGAAGUUUUCAUUGCGCGGUCGAUGUAAUUUCAUCGCGCAAUCAAAGAUCCAUUUGCAGAAUUAUGGAAGAAAGCCAUUUGCUUUUAGAUUGUGAUAUUAAUUUAUUUAUAGAAGGCGAACAACACGAAAGUUUGAAUUGUAUCCUGAAAUAUGUAGAAGAUGUAAAUAGAGCUAAUUAUUCUGUUAAAGAUAAAAGAGAAAAGAAAAAAUAUCAACGUAAAAUAUUUAAAGCUUACAUCAAGCUCGCCAAAAGAAAAUUAUAAAGUAGAUUAACAUAGUGUUAAACGUAAAUAUAUUUUAUUGUUAUUAAUUGAUAAAUCUGUGAUAUUAGAAUAAACAUAAGUUUAAACGGACGUUGUGCUAAUAAAGGGUCAAUCUUGAAAUUGGGCGUAUUCGGUUGAUUCCCCUGGCACUUUUUAAAACUUAAGAGUUUAAACUUUUACUAACAAAAGGCUAAAUAUCACAUCAUUGUAAACAUAUUUCACAAAUAGGCAUCACUGUCACAUGUUUAGAUAAAAAGAUAUAUGACUUUAAAAUUUUGGUGCCAGGGGAAUCAAUAUAAGAUGCCAGGGGAAUCAAAAUAAAACAUUUUGUAUAGAAUAAUCGUUUAUUUUAAUUAAACUUAUCAGACUUUUGGUUUCAUUUAUUAUCAUUAAUCUUAUAAGUAGUAUUAUAAAAAAAAAAAACAAUAUCUCUCUCUAGGAACUAUCAAUGAACUGUAACAAAUCAACAUAAAUAUCUAAAAACUAUCAAAUUAUUCUAACGUAAACAAAUUCUAACACAAGUCAAUAUUGUAGACGGUAUUGUAUGCAUAAAAGUACAACACCUUUUUAAACGGCAACAAUGACGCUAUAUUAUGUAACUAACAGGGAUGAAGUUUCUCAAAAACGUAUGAACCUGAAAAAAUAAAUUGAUGUGAUUUGCAAAUGGACAAACAAUAAAUUAUUCAUCAGUAGAAUCCGACUCUUCCCCGCCAUAGAGAGCAGACGUUACUAUUUUACACAUAGAAUCGGAAAUUAAGAUUUUAUUUUACUGAAGGCACAUUAAUCCAUAAGCUAUCAUCAGAUGGAAUAUGAUUAUCCGAUUGAAUGCUCUGAACUUCAGUUGCAGCUAGCCCAUAAUUUGGGUUCGAAGUAGAAAGUUUAUCGAAGUAAUUUUCUUUUACGGUCUUGUUUGAUUUCGCGGUUUCAGAUGUACCAGUGCUGUGCACAUUUGAACUUUUGAUAUUAUAAAAAUCUAUAUGUUGACCAUGAGGACAAUGAAUUGGUUCUUCCGAUCAUUUUUCUAAAUGACAGCUAAGAUGUCUCAUGGCGAGGACUUCGGGAGUUUUAUUGAUCCAUAUCACCUGAUGAACAUCCAUGGUGCCCCGGAAUUCUCUUAAAUCAGAGGGAAUUAACAGAUCCUUCUCCAACAUACGAUUUUUGAACCUCCGCUAUCGUAACUCCCGGACAUUUAUCUUUAAGAUAGCUGAUAAGGACAUUAAUGUUUGGAAUGUCAUUGCCUUCAGCGACGAUUCGAUCUGCUAUUCUUUUCAAUACUUCGCCCACGCCAUCGGGAGCUCCUUUGCCGUGUCCUUUCUCAAAGUAAUUCCAGAUUACACGCCGUACUUACUUGCAUAAUCCUAGUGAAGCUUACCCAUCACGCAAACCUAUAAUCAUAAUAUGAGAGUAUGAUAAUGUAAGGAAGCUUUGAUUCCCCUGGUAUUUUGCCAGGGGAAUCAAUGCCAGGGGAGUCAAGAAAAGUGAAUCUUCUUUCGAUUUUGUUUAAAUGGAUUGAUUUUUGCCAAUGAUUAUUAUAAAAACAAUUAACAGUCCUAUAUACCCUACUAUUAAUCCUAGUAAAGAAAUUCUUAAUCAUCAAAAAAGAUUUUUUAUAGUGGCCAAGGUAAUCAAUGACCUAGUGAAACAAAGCCAGGGGAAUCACAUUCUUACCUUCGUAAGUCCGGCUUGGAAACGUCAAGACGUGCGACCUCUCCUCGUGAUGUUCAGAGCGCGACUAAAGCCACUUGCCGAUGUGCACGCCUUCACCGUAGACAUUUAUAAUAGCCAGGCAGGUGGCAUUUAGUGACGCGCCAAGGGAAUCAAUCGUUGCGCUCGGACAAACACAAACUAUUUUUUAAAUAAAAAAGAGUGACUGGCACAGACUUUGUGUAUUUAUUAAAUCAUUAAACAACUCACCCUUUAACUCUUAAAUUACAAAAAAUCUUAAAUUUAUCACUAUAGAUAGGUAAAUUAUUAAUGGUUUGUUCAAAAAAUUACAAAGGGACAGCCCAGGGGAAUCAAAUAUCAAGGCUUCGAAGAUUUUAUUCCGAUGUUUUAAGCUAAAAUAAACACUGUUUUUGUUGUGCCCCAUUUCAUUUAAACAUGAAAGUAACAGAAAAAAAAUAUCUUACAUUAAAAUUUAAGCGUUAUGGGUAGUUUUUUCCCCCGGACAGUGUUUUUUUUGGCUUUCAAGAUUGACCCUAAAACGUUGUAAUUUAAAGUCUCAGUCAGAAAUGUUAUGACAUUGUUAGUAAAUUAAGUUGUUUAUGAAAUAAACAAUUAUAACUUUUAA